GCUCCGGUGCGGUGGAUAAAAAGUAAAAACCGACGACCCCUCGGCGCCAUAAACCUCCUUCGUCUUCUUCGGCUAUCUAAUCUACCAUUUUACCCUUCUCUUCCAUUCCAAGUAAACCCAAAUUCUCUCUUUCUCCUCCUCACAAAUGCAAAUUCUCUAUUCGCUGAUUCUCUCCGACACAAACCUCUGUUUCUUUCCUUUUUUACUUUGCGAUUGUCGCUACAUUCGUGGUCGUUUAGAUUUCUCCGGUUGCUAUUAUUAGCAGGUGGGCGAUAUUGAUUCGAUUCUAAUCAAUUUGAGCUAUGUCUCUCUCUCUCUCUCUCUCUCUCUCUCUCUCUUUCAGUGAUUUUGAGGGCAAUUUUGAUGUUUAAUCGGAGAAAUUAGAGUGCAAUCAAUCGGGUGUUAAGAUGGGGAAUGGUGAAGAAACAAAAUGUGUUUUCCCAUUGACGAGUCUCCAGAUCGGUAUAGACGCUCCCCUUUUGCAAACAAAGGUCGAGAGGAGAAGAAAAAGCAGAGCCAGGAGGAUGAGGAGGAGGAGGAGGAGAAGAAGCCUAAAGAGAACAAUAAGAAAACGGAUAACCUUAAGAAAUGGUUCUCCUUGAUCGAUGCCACAACGUUUUCUAAGAAGAAACUACCUGCAAAGAAACUAGACGAGACCUUCUACGGUUUCAUAGUGUUUGAAGUUGAAUGGGCUAACGUGAGGGGUAUCAGUUACUUGAAUGAGCUACAGACAGACACUUCUCUUGCUAUAGAAGCUAAGAUGAUGCGAAGGUGGGAGUUUGAGAGUAUCGAUGAAGCUGCAACAAAUAUGUUUCAGUGGUUCUCUGGAUCAAAAUCUGAAAGGCCUUGCUUGAGGGAAUAUCUUGAUCCAUCUAAAGGAGAGGUUUUUCAUGACGCUUCAACGGAUUUCCCAAAAACUUCUCCUGUUGAUGAUGAAGUGGAAACUGACUCUCCUUGCUGUUCGAGAAGUGUCUUCAGCGUUGACCACUCUGUUGCAGAUUAUGAUGAAAAUGAUCCCCACACACCGCCUCUGACUGGACCAUACAAGAGAAGAAGAUUAAGUAAAGCAAUCACAAACGGAGUUGAACUUGACUAUAUGGGGGAAACACCCAGAAGAAAAGACAACUCAUUCGACCACUGGGAAAGCCAUGUCCCUGAUGGUGAUGAGACCAUCAUCGAAGCAACACGGUAUAAAGACGUCCUAGUUCUCGUUAGGUUUGGCGACCGUGACCUCCCCUUCAAACUCCGAGAGGUUAUAAUGUCAGACAUACGCUUGCUCACUCUACUCGAAGCUAAUCUCCCUUCUUGGGUCUUGUUCCUCCAGUCUUACCCCUGCCUUUGCCAUCUCUACCGUCCCUGGAUGUGCCUUCUCGCCAGAGCGCUCUACGUGAUGAUAUCAGUCAUCACCGUCGUCAUCGGCUUCUACGACCUCUACAAGAACGUCCCCGUCCUCAAAGCCACCGCGUCGCGUCUCUGCGGACCGCUCUUUGAUUGGGUCGAAACGUGGGACAUGGUGUCGAGGAUAAAGUACUUGGGAACGAUGCUGUUUCUCCACAACGUUCAGAAAGCUGUCAGGUGGGGUCUGACGAUGGCGCGUGGGAUGCAGUCGUUCGUCUCUUUGCUCGUGAUGCCUCUGGUGAAUCCUCUUUUGGAGGUUCUUGGUUUGCUCCUGCCGCUGUGGAACUCGCUCGCGGAGACGGUGUUGAGCUUGGUCUCGGUGGUUUGGAUAGUGGUCGAGUCUGGUUGCAACCUCGUUGGUGAUGUGGUGGAAGUGGUGCUUUUGCCUAUUUGGUUGGUCGUAUCAGUAGUUUUGAACAUCAUAAAUACUGUGUUGCUGCCUCUGCUUUGGAUCUUAUGGGAAGUGUUAUAUGCACCGAUCAGGGUGGUUGCUGCAUUGGCCAACGGUUUAGCUUUAUCCUUCUCGUACGUAUUCGAUGUUCUCGGAGACUUGUGGCGGUACAUGAGCAGCUUAGUGCAGUUUGCAUCUGAUUCUCAAGCGGCUGUGAAGACUUAUGAAGUCUCCAUGUGGCGUACACUUUGGAACGACCUCUUUUCUCAUGUUUUUCGUGCGGUCAGGAGUAUAUUAAACGGAUUUGUAGCCUUCUUUGCUGCAUGUAACAAACAUCGGCUUAGUAUAUAUAACCACAUACAAGACUUUAUCAAGAGACUGCGUGGACGAACCUUGAGAGCAGACUCAGAACAUGACAGGUCUGCUAAGAACCAUCAACGUAAAGGAGAUGAUACGAGGAGGAAGUUGCACCUUGCAUAGAUGUCAACACCAGUAUCUUAAUUCGUUUCUUUUUUUUUUUUUAAACCGGAAAUGAUAAGUUAACAGUGUAUAUAGAUAGGUUUUACUUGCACACUUGCAUAUAUUUUGUCGUCAGAAAACACGAGUUCCAAAUCAACCAAAGGAUGAUGUAUAUACUACGUACUUACUGUAUAUGAAAGAAAGGGGACACUCGCUCUUGUUGCAAAUCUCCUAGUUGUCGAUAUAUAUAUUUUUUUUUUAGAAAAAAGAGCGUUUGAACACU